AUGAACAUUUUACAGAGCUUUGGCUUCUCACAACCUUGAAUUUAACCUUUGACUUUGCCUUAACUGAUGGCGCCACCUGUUGCCCUGGAGGGAGCAGUGGUGGUGUGGUGCGGUGCAGGCGGGACAAGCUCUCCAGCCUCGCGGUGAGUGUUUAACAACGUCUGACAUCGACUGCCUUUGAUAGUUUAGUACCUUUAGCAAGCCUUAAAACAGUCUUUUGUAGGAGUGAAUGUCGAGUGUCUGCUGCAGGUGCGCUGUUCCUCUAUGUGUGUGGCCGCUGCAUGUGGGAGGGGUUGCCGAGUGAGUGACGUCUCUCCAGAAGGGAAGAGGUGCCCGGUGCGUGUCCAGCUCUGAAUGUGCGCUUCUGUGCAGUUUGGCUGUGACAAAGUCAUAAACCAAGUCACGCUCUGUCCCAGACUCGCCUCAUCCCUGUCCCAGCUCCAGCCCACAACAGGACAUCAAACCCUGCACCUCCCCUGUGACACUCUACCACGGUCCAGUGUGGAGACAGGAAAGGUUUUACACCUCAAUAUGAAGACAAAACAGCCAGUAAAUGUAGCUAACGGGACCCAGAGCAUGAAAUCCAAGAUGGCUUCCCGGAAAGUUAUAGAUCAACAAAACACUCACAACUAUAUCUGUCCUACCAAACACGCACAGCAGAGGUCGCUGUUGUGAUGCUCAGGACUCCAUGUUCAAAGUCGUAAUAAUGGCCUGCACUUUAUAUCGCCUCUAACUGGGUUCAAUAAACAGUGAGAUUCACUCAUUUAAGUGACAGUGAAUGUGGAUGUCCAUGUGGAAGGGGACUUGAAUGCAGUCGUCUGAUUUCAUCGCUGCCCUGAACGUCCAUCUCCAGACCACGUGUGACUUAAGAUGAGGUUGCUGUCAGGUCACAGAGAAGCAUGUUAAUAUCAGGCAACAUGAGGGUCCCACAGUCAGUGGAUUAAUGAAAGAGUCAAAGCAGGAACAAGACACACACGAGCUGUGAUGCUUACAGUCAACAGAUUUCAAAACUAGUCCUGUGUACAAAACCAGUGUCCCGUAUUUUCCCGUUAUUCCACACACACUCAUAGUCCAGCUGUAAAUCAUGUCUCAGGAUCUGUCACAACUCAUGAUCUAUAGAGGAUAGAGAAUGUCACACCGACAUGUUGUAUCAAUAAAAGUGGACGGGGAUUUGAUGUGUUUGCAUAUGAGUGUGUGUGUGUGUGUAGCUGCACCUGUGCUGACCAGUUCUUGGAAACACACCUACUUUGGUCCCCACAAGUUUAAGUCUCAGUUUGAGGAUUCAAACGUCAAAACUAACUAGGUUAUUAUGGUUGAAUUUAAGUAUGGUUUAGGCCCCGGUUCAGGUGAGCCGCGUGUUUUGGAAGGUUAGGGUUUGGUUGAGAGGCUGGGCAAGGCAUGGGGAAUGUCCCCGCAAAACAUGCAAACAUAGAGUGUGCGUGUGUGUUCGGUGCUGCAGUUCUGCCUCUUGGAAUGGAGUGCACCUCCCUCUAGAAGGUGGAGGCAUUCUCAUGUCAUUUGUUUGGAUCCUUCUUCGAGAGCGGAGUCCGGAGCAGCAGACAGCCAGUACACUUGGGUCUGAUAAUGUCUCUGUCAAAGCCGGUGGAUUUGCUGGCCUUGGAGCUGAGCUGUGCCAUCUGCUUUCAACUCUAUUUGGAUCCCGUGGCUCUUCCCUGCGGCCACAGCUACUGUCGCGCUUGCCUCCUCCAGACCUCGGCGACUCUUGAUGGCGGGAAAACGCCUCCACGUUGUCCGGAGUGCCGCUCGGAGUUUGAGGGUUUCAGCACCCUCCCGAGGAACUUCAAGCUCUCCAACAUCAUCCAGGGUUACCUGGCGUCGGCCCCUGAGCUGGCGAGGCUGACGGAGGAGGUCCAGGAAGGGGCGGCCUUCUGUGACCACUGCAUCGAUGAGCCGGCCCUGGCAGUGCAGGCGUGCCUGAAUUGCGAGGUGCCUUUGUGCUCCAGACACCUGCAGAGGCACAACGAGAAGGCGGCUUUUAGGGAUCAUAUUUUGGUGGCACCUCAGCAGGAGCUGGGGAUAAAGGGAUGCCAAGUGCAUCAGCGUCCACUUGAGUAUUUCUGCUCCAGUGACAUGGCCCCUCUGUGUGGCACGUGCUUGAAGGAAGGCUACCACCACAAUCACGACGUGCUGACCUUCAGUGCGGCUGAGGAGGAGAUGAGACGGGCGCUCCAGACCCGCAGCAAGGUGGUGUCUGGCAAGCUGCAGCUGACAGAGAGUCUCCUGAAGAAGACUGUGGAGGAGCAGAGAACCUGUGAAGCCGUCGGGGACAAGAUGAUCGACAAGGCUGUCACAAUCAUGGAGCGCAUCGCCGGCCUCGUCGACAGGUACAAGGAAAAGCUGAGUACAGUGCUGGAGGAGGAGCGAGGUCAGCGCAGGAAGAGCUGGCAGCUCGGACUGAGUGUGCUGGAGGAGCAGCAGCAGCAACUGCAGGAGGCGCAACAAAGCACAACAGAGGUCCUCAGCGUGGAAGACCCUUGGGACUUCAUUAACAGGUUCAUGCAGAUUGAACCAAAAGUGAGGGGAGUGGUCUCAGGCAGCAUUCAAUCCAACAUCCCAUCCAAGGUUCCCCUCAACACCAGCCGUCUGCAGAUGGACCUCAGGACCAAAGACUUCCGAUCUGAGAUGACCCUCCUCCUGGACUCCCUCUGCAUCCUCCUCAACCCACUGGAGCUGACCUUCGACGUCGCCACUGCUCACCCCAGUUUGAUGGUCUCCAGUGAUCUGCGCUCGGUCAAGUACAGUGCCACAAAACAGCAGCACCCCGAUCACGCCGAGCGUUUCACGAGUGCACCCCAGGUUCUGUGCAGCCAGGGGAUCCUGGGCGGAGAGCACAUUUGGGUGGUGGAAGUGGGAGCGAAAAGCAUGUGGUCCGUCGGCAUGUGCUACAGGAGCAUCCCUCGCCGCGGAGACCACAGUCGUCUGGGACACAACUCGGUGUCCUGGCGCAUUCAGUGGAAAAACAACAAGCUGACGGUGUGUCAGGCCUCCUGUAACGUGGCCCUGGGGGAGAUAAGGGCGCCGCCGCAGAGGAUUGAGGUGGCGCUGGACUAUGAGGGAGGAAGUUUGUCUUUCCACAGCACCAAAGGUCGCAGAGAGCACCUGCACACAUUCAGAGCUGUCUUUCGAGAGCCACUUUACCCUGCGUUCAGCAUCCACUCAAACACUCCAGAAUCCUGGAUCGUACUCGACAGUGGGAUGUGAACCUCAGUCCAUCUGUCUGUGUGUGUAUAUAUAUAUAUGGAACUUGUGUGGGUUCGAAUAUGUCAAUGCUUCCAUUUGAAAACAGUCACUUUAAUACUGUUUGGAUUGACAAACAGUGUCAAGUUGACUAGCACUAGUUAAAGCAGGCAGAAAGUUACUGAAUGAAGCCAAACUAUGCGCUACUAAAUCAACUUAGAUGUGAUUGUGGUGACAAAAUCUUGGGGGGUUUCUCGCUUGUUCCCUGCAGAGCGGCCUCUUCUUCCUGUCUGUCGCAUGUUAGUGGAACCUUGUAGCGUUACUGCCAUCUGCUGUCUGUUUGAGAUCAUCGCACUAGCAAUAUUUAAAAUGAAAUGUACUGCUAAAAUACAUGGCUCACAAUGAUCUGGGGUCACAGGGAAUCACACAAAUGAGAGGCUGGAACAAAAGAAAGAGGGUGUUUUCAUAUGUUGCUGCCAUGAUUAUGACUUAAUAAAUAUGUAAAUCGCAGUGAAGCUGGAUCACAGAAUAGUCUUUGUCAAACAAUACACAUUCUCCUCCUUUGUAAUUCUUUUCCUUAAUAUUUUCGCACUCUUUGUCUCACUCUCAAAACACUCGUCCUAUCUCCCUCAAACCGUCUUGCUCCCACUCCAUCACUCUGUCAACCCUGACUCUCUAAACUGCCCCACUCAACUCACACGCACUCUUCCAACUGCUGUUGCACGCUGGUCACUUAGUCGCCUCGGUCUCAUCCGUCAUUGUCUCGCCACCGUCUUUCGCUCCCGGCCUUCUCAGCACAAUUACUCUUUCACUCAACGGUCACACUCUCUCAACCCUCACCUCCUCAACACUCCCGAUCUCACAUUCUCUGCACGGCAUCAUCACAGCCACGACUCUCUCUGCACUUACCCACCGUCUAAACUUCUGUCUUCACACAUCUGGCAUCACACCAGUCAGUCACUUCCACCUCUUCACCUGGAAUGUAACCUACAGUACUGUUUCGCUUGUUUCUUAAGUCAUCGAGUUUCACUGCACUGGACUUGCCCCAUAAAACCUA